AUGAGUGGCUUUGCACGACUUCGAAGCGAUGGGGCUCUCUCUAUUGAUCUUAGAGAAGUAACAAGUGGUCCGUCUUCUUCAAACGUCUUUGUACGAGAUGAUAAUAAUGUUGUUGUUCCUUCACUCCAGCAGAGUUCUCCACAUCCCAGCAGUGAGAUCUUAUUGGGAAAUGUAUCUUCAUCCACUGGAACUCCUUUAUCCCCACGCCCGCGUAUUCCCUCAUCUGUAAAUCCAGUUGAAUUUAAUAUGAAGGAACGAUUAGUGCAAGAGGAGGAGUGGCGUCAUCUGCGAGAAUGUACAUUUAAUCCAAGUAUUAAUCCACGUUCCAGACAUUUAGCAUCAAUGAAAACUGAAGAAGAAGAAGAGAGUAAUGUAUUAAUCACUCGUCGUCACUCAUCACAUAAAGUCCAUCAAAAACUUUUUGAUGAUGCCAAGAAACAACGAAAUAAAUUAGAUAAACUUCGGGCUGCGAGAGAGGCAGAGAAGGAAAGAGAAGAACGAUAUGAGAUGCAACAAGGAUAUCUCUCAUCUCAUAGUAUUUCACCUCGUCGAAAGAAACGUAACAGUAAAGAGGGAACUGACAAUAAUACUGAUAAUAAUCAUCAUCGUGAUACUGCUGGUAAUGAAAAUUUAGAGGUAUUUGAGCGACUGUAUGCAGAUGCCUCAUGUAGACAACAAGCGAAGGCGGAGGAAAUCUUGCGGCGUGAGGAAGAAAUGAAAAGACGUGAAGAAGAAGAAAUGAGAGAAAGUGGAAGAUUAACAUUAUCACCAGAGCGACGGCGAGAAGAAGAAGAACAACAACCCUCACAAAAUGAAGAGGCACAGAAAAAGAGAAGAGCUGAACGAAAAGAAUUAUUUGCUCGACUCUCUGUUCCUUUACGGAGAAGAGAAAAGUGUACGACUACCGUAGAUGAGGAACUAACACCACAGAGGGAAAGAGAAUCCCGUCGAUCUAGUGUACAGUGGCCAUUACCAUUCCUACACACACUAACGUUAGCGGACCUUCAACGGCACAAUGAACUGGUAAGUCGAAUGAGUUCGAGAGCAGUGUUUUGA